UGAGUUACUAUUUUUUGAAAGUACUAGUUUUUUUCUAAUCUUCGCUUAAGUGACAUUAAUAAUGACAAAUACGUCUGUCUAUUGUCUAUCGAAGUAAUUGAAUAAUUACAAAAAUAAAUUGGGCGCCAAUAUAUCUGAACUACUAUCGUUUCAAGAAGAUUUUUUCUGAUUUUUACUUAUUUGAUUAUACUACAAGAUGUCACGAAGGAGGACACAUUCACAAACAACUAAGCGGUCCAAUAAAAAUUUAUCACAAAUGAGUGUGGAACCAGACAUCAGUGAUGAUGACAUGUCAGAACAUGCACACAAUGUAGUUCGAUACAUAUUGUUUAAAGCAGGUGAAUCUGGAUACAUUGGGAAAAAUGAUAUACACAAAAACGUUAUGUCCAAAAGUGGCAAAUAUUUCCAGAGUGUCAUGGAAAAAGUUACUCUUAUUUUGCACAAGAGCUAUGGAUUUAAUUUGUUGUCAGUGGACUCCAAGGGAUAUAUAUUGAGUAAUGCUUUACCAUACAUUAGUAUCGAAAAAGAUACUGAAAAUAAUGAAGAAAUACCAGAAGAUGCUAAUAAAAUUUUACUGCUGCUAAUUCUUAGUCAUAUUUUUAUGUCUACUGAAUCUGUUACAGAAGCUUCAGUCCAUGGAUUUCUAAGCAAACUAGGCAUAGAUGUAAAUGUGAGACAUGAAGUUUUCGAAAAUGUCAAGGACUGUAUCACACUCUUCAUCAAACAAAAGUAUUUGAAAACUGAGGAAGAUGCUACAAACAAAAAAUUAAAUUAUACGUGGGGCAUACGUUCUGAGAAAGAAAUAUCCAAAUUAAAAGUACUUGAAUUUGUUUGUAAAAUGUUUAAUGGAGCACCUCCUGAAAAAUGGGAAUAUCAGUAUUCUGUAGCGCAAAAUCAAUUUGAAAAUAAUACAUUGGUUCAAAAUGACGACGUUGAGAAUGAUAGUUAAUAAUGUUUAUUUUAUUUAGUUAAUAAAAUUUAUUUAUUAAA